UCUCUCUCUCCCCCUCCAAAGAUAUAUAUAAACCCUAGUUUGCAAAGAAGAGGAGAAGCAGUCUCUCUCUCUCUCUUUCUCUCUCCAGUCCAUAGAUUGCUUGGGUUGCAAGUAAAUGGGGAGGCAGCAAAGGCUGUUGCAUAACCUGAAGAAGGGAGAACAGAUGAAAGAGCAGGAAUUUGGUCGGCUUCUUUCAUAUGCCGAAGUGUUCACCAAGAGAUCGAAGCCGAAGCUUAUCUCACUUCUUCUCUUCUCUCUUCUCUCUGGUUGCUUCAUCUUCGCUCCUCACCUCCUCUGUUUUUCUCCCCCUUCUGCUCUCUCCCCACUCGGUUCUGUAAAAGCGAGUGAUGUUCAUAGCCAUACCCUUCUCUCCAUGCCUUCCACUGUAUCGGAUGAGGGUAUGUGGUGUGACAGAACAGGAUUCCGCACAGACAUCUGUUUCAUGAAAGGCGAUAUCAGAACACACUCGCCUUCUUCUUCAAUCUUGGUCUACACCGGCUCACAAGACAGAUCAGACGGUUUCACCAACCAUGCCUCUCAUGAAAAGAUCAAACCCUAUACCAGGAAAUGGGAGGCGAGCGUAAUGGAUACCAUUACCGAGCUAAACCUCGAAAGAAAGGAUGCAAAACUCGGUGAUGGGCGCACCUGUGAUGUGCAUCAUGAUGUUCCUGCCGUGGUGUUCUCAACAGGGGGAUAUACAGGGAAUGUAUAUCACGAGUUCAACGACGGGAUUAUUCCCCUGUAUAUAACAUCACAGCAUUUUGCCAAAAGGGUUGUUUUUGUGAUUUCUGAGUACCAUAAAUGGUGGGAGAUGAAGUAUGGAGAUGUUGUUUCUCAGCUCUCUGACUAUCCACUCAUUGAUUUCAGCAGAGACAAGAGAACUCACUGCUUCAAGGAAGCCAUUGUUGGCCUUAGAAUCCACGACGAACUGAGAGUGGAUCCCUCCCUGAUGCAGGACAACAAAACCAUCAUAGAUUUCAGAAAUCUCCUGGACCGAGCCUACAGACCGAGAAUCAACAGAUUGGUUAGAGAGGAGGAGCUUCGGCUCAGUACAAAAGCAGCAAAGGAAAGAAAGGGUCCUGCAACCGGGCGACUGCAGAGGCCAAAACUGGUUUUGCUAUCAAGAAACGGGUCUCGGGGGAUCGAGAAUGAGGAUAUGAUGAUGAAGAUGGCUAAGCUAAUAGGAUUCCAAGUUGAAGUCGUGAGACCAGAAAGUAGGACAGAAAUGGCAAAGAUUUACAAGGUACUGAACUCCAGCAAUGUCUUGGUCGGGGUCCAUGGAGCAGCCAUGACUCACUUUCUGUUCAUGAGACCUGGAAGUGUCUUCGUUCAGAUAAUCCCGUUGGGGACAGAUUGGCCAGCAGAGACAUACUAUGGAGAACCAGCAAAGAAGCUCGGUCUAGACUAUAUUGGUUAUAAGAUUCUUCCUAGAGAGAGCUCGUUGUACCAGAAAUAUGGUAAAGAUGAUCCAGUUCUUCAAGAUCCGAGCAGUAUCAAUCAAAAGGGAUGGCAAUUCACGAAAAAGAUAUACUUAGAUGACCAGCAAGUGAAAUUAGAACUCCGAAGAUUCAAGAAGGUGUUGCUUGAUGCUUAUGCAAAGGCCAUCAUGAGCUGACCUGAAAUGGGUUUCAUCAAGUUGUUGCUGUAUAGUCUGCACACAAAGUACAAUAUAAAAAAAAAUCAGAUUCUUUGUGAACAUAUUAGAUCUUCUAUCGGGUUUCGAUUUUCUUUUACAGUUCUCUGCAUUGUACUAGGAGUUCUUCUGUUUGUGUCGUUUACUUAUUGUUUCCUCUCUAGGGUUUUCUCUAUAGCUUUGUAUCCUAUGUAUCAAUGACUUGUUCAUAUUUGGAGGCCUUUCUUUCA